AUGGAAGCCCCUAAGCUCAUCCGCAUUGCCAAUAUCUCGGGACGGUAUCUCGUGUUUGACCCAGAUGCCGUGAGCGCCCUCCGCCGAAGAGCAAACACAAACGGCACCUUGGUGGGAACUACUCCGCAGCAACCAACUCAAAACAUUUUCCUUGGUUUGCCAAUCGAGCUCCGGCCUGAAGAGGUGGAUGCUCUAAUUCGUACAAACGUUGCGUACGUCGUAGAUGAUGUGGCCGCCCACCAGUCGGCUCUGCAGUCCCUUGACCAUGACUCACGGAGGGCGUACAUCAGCUCGCUGCGGCUGCGAAAACAAACAGCACACAAGGUCUUUGCGGAAAUGAACGCCCAGAAAGCCUCCAUAGCAGCCAGCAAGGCUGAGAGACAGCGUGAUUCCACUUCAACCCCUGCCUCCACCAGUUCCGCAGCGCCUGAUAGCCUCAAAUCAGACGGCAGCCCCUUCUCUCGCAAUAGCCAAGUGACUCUGUUGGGCGUCACACCAACAUCUAGCGCCAACCAUGUCUCUCCAGAUGCUUAUGCGUUACCUGUGGAAUCCCGUAACUCGGAGAAAGGGUCGCUAUGCCAGUUUAUGCUCGGCAAUGGGUACUUUAUGACCCCGGGGCUACGAUUUGGGGCCCGUUACAGUGUCUACCCCGGUGAUCCCUUGCGUUUCCACGCUCAUUUCAUGGCAAAUGAGUAUGGCUGGGAGGAGGAUAUACCUAUCCUUGAUAUCGUAGGCGGUGGCAGACUGGCAACAGCUGUAAAGAAAGCGUUUCUCAUAGGGGGCCGGCAGCCGUCCACAAGUCCAGAUACUGCCCCCCCUGCCGUGAGAAGCUUCAGCAUAGAAUGGGCUGGCAUGUAG